AUGAAACCGGGCCGAUUCCCCUGCCUCCUGGGAUGCCUUCUGAUGGCUGCGGCCAGCGUGGGCAGCAACGUGGUGCCUAGAAUGACCUUUCAGAGAGGGGACCCCAGUCGCGAGGUCGGCACCUUCAGCCAGGAGGGGGUCCUCAACUACGACACUUUCCUCUUGAGUGCGGACGGAGCAACCCUCUACGUGGGCGGGAGGGACGCCAUCCUGGCCCUCGAUAUCAGAAGCACCCCCAUCAGGCUGAAGGGGAAGAUACCCUGGAGCCCCAGGCCGGAGAAGAAGAGGGAGUGCGUCUUCAAGAAGAGAAGCAACGAGACGGAAUGCUUCAACUUCAUCCGCAUCCUCGUUCAGCUGAACGAGACCCAUCUUUAUACCUGUGGGACCUACGCCUUCAGCCCCACCUGUGCCUACAUCGACGUGGAGAACUUCACCCUGGUGGCCGAUGCCAGGGGGCAGCCCCUCCUGCAGGAAGGCAAAGGGCUCUGCCCCUUCGACCCGCGGCACCAGAACACGGCGCUCAUUGUGGAUGGAGAGCUCUACACAGGCACCAUGAAUAACUUCCAGGGGAAUGAGCCGGUCAUCUCUCGAACCCUGGGCAGCCGGACUGUUCUGAAGACUGACGGCUUUCUCUCCUGGCUGCAUGACGAUGCUGUGUUCGUGGCCUCGUUCAACAUCCCGGGACCCCCAGAUGACGAAAAGGUCUAUUUCUUCUUUGAAGAGACGGCAAAGGAGUUUGAUUUCUUUGAGAAGCUGACCGUCUCCCGCGUUGCCCGGGUCUGCAAGAACGACAUCGGAGGAGACAAGGUUCUCCAGAAGAAGUGGACCACCUUCCUCAAGGCUCAGCUCUCCUGCAGCCAGCCAGGGCUCUUCCCCCACACCGUCCUUCAGCAUGUCUUCGCCCUCCCGCAGCCGAGCGGCGGCACCCUCUUUUAUGGGGUCUUUGCUUCUCAGUGGCAGACCGGGAGCUCCGGGAGCUCAGCCGUCUGUGCCUUCAGCCUGGACGCCAUCCAGAAGGCCUUUGAUGGGAAGUACAAGGAGCUGAACAAGGACUGUUCCCGCUGGAUGACCUACAGUGGCCCCGCCAUGGAGCCCCGGCCUGGCAGCUGUUCGGUGGGGCCCUCUUCCGAUAAAGCCCUGACCUUCAUGAAGGACCAUUUCUUGAUGGAUGAGAAGGUGGCCCCUAUCCACAACCAGCCUCUGCUGGUGAAGGAGGAUGUGAAGUACACCCGCAUCACAGUGCACCAAACGCAGGAGGCCUGCGGGGCAGCCUGCACCGUCCUGUUCCUGGGUACAGACGGGGGCUCCCUGCACAAGGCGGUGGUGGUCGGCAACAGAGCCCACAUUGUUGAGGAGAUGCAGCUCUUGGAGAGGCCGGAACCCGUCCAGAACCUCCUGCUUGUUCCCGAGAAGGGCACCCUGUACGUGGGCUAUUCCAAAGGGAUUUUGGAAGUCCUGGUGGCCAACUGCAGUGUCUAUGCCACCUGUGCCAGCUGCCUGUUGGCACGCGAUCCCUACUGUGCCUGGGACGGGCACUCGUGCCGAGCGGUUUGGGAGGACACCAGCAACAGGACUGGCUGGCUGCAGGACGUUGAGCACGGGAAAGCCGAGGCCGCAUGCCAGCGCCACAGUGGGAAGGGGCGAGCCAUGCCAAGGUCGAGGAACGACUCUGAUGGAGUCUCGCUGAAAGUGUUGAUCCGCCCGUUCAACUCCAUGGUGCGGCUGCCCUGCCCGCAGGUCUCUGCCCUGGCCAACUACUCCUGGACUUACCCGGAGGACAGCUUCCCAUCACAGGAGGGGCUGAUCGUCCGGGACCACACUGGCCUGCUUGUGUUUGUGCGCAGCCAUACGCUGGGCGAGUACGCCUGCUGGGCCAGCGAGAACGGCUACCGGCACCGAGUGGCCUGGUACGACGUGCGCAGUGACCUCCCCAUGGACGGCGUCAGCAGCCCCAAGGGCAGCCCGGAGCACCAGGCAGUGCCCGUUGGGGAAUUGCGCUCUUACUGGUUCCAGUUUGUGACGGUGACGGUCCUGCUCUCCAUGACUUUGGCGGUGGCCAUGGCGCUGGGCUUCUUCUCCUACCACGACAAGCUGAAGGCUAAAACGAAAGUGCAGGGUUGCAGCAUUCCCGAGUCCAGCAGGACUCCGGUGCAGGAGAAGGCCCCCCUCAACAGCAGCCAGAGCCCCCCAGGAGACAGGGACUACCAGGCGCAGGAGGCCGCCGAGGGGACCAAAUCCUGCUGCGUUCAGGUGGAAGGUGGGAGCCGAGACGUCGAUACAGAGAACAACCGCCUGAACUGCCCCUUGAUGAACGGGGAGGAGGCCCGAGUCAUGGCAGCCCUGGAGGCCAUUUAG